UUAUUUUAGAUUCUCGGAUAAAGACAAAUCAAAAACACUUUCUCUCUCUUCCAUUUUCUCGCCGGAGCGCAUGAAGAAGAAGAUUCACGGCGGCGGCGGCCUCAAGCUCAAACGCCGGAUCAAGACUCUCUUUUUCUUCCGUACCCUGUGGCCCCGUUACGGUUACCACCGAGUCAACCCGCCGGAGAAUCGCAACGGCCAAAUCAUAUCAAGAGCUUUCCACUGCCUGAAGAAAAAAGCAAAGGCACUAUGUUUUAGAAAUCCAUGCCGGAGUUAUGCUUCUUUAUCCGUAUCACACUCUUUAGUUCCUAAAGGAAAGAUGGCGGUUUACGUUGGUCGGAAAGGCAUCGGCGCCGGCGAUGAAGAAGAAGAAGAAGAAAUCCACCGAUUCUUGAUCCCUUUGAUUUAUAUAAACCAUCCUUUAUUUGUACAACUUCUUAGAGAGGCAGAGGAGGAAUUUGGGUUUGAACAUCCUGGUGGGUUAACGAUUCCAUGUCGGGUAUCUGAAUUUGAGAAAGUUAAGAGAAGAAUCGAAGCCGGCGCCGGUGCCGGCGACGGAGAUGGGACGUCGGAUAGUUUUAGUUCUUGGGUUUGAUGACGAUUGAUAACAUAAAUGAAUGAUUGUAAACGGAAUAAUCAAUAAAUGGAAGUUGAACGAUUCAAUUUGAACUUUAUCUCUCUAUUAUUUAUAUUUUGGCA